AUGGAAGGGUACUGCGUUCCCCAAACCCAGCUCCCUGAGCGCCUCUACAGGGUACAAUACGACAAAUCAACCACGAAAGACAUGGAACCAGGCCUUGCUGCAACUGACAUGCAGCAUUUCACCGUGGUCCCAACCGAAUUUGGAACUCUUGUCGAGCGCCAUAUCAACAAUCUCAACGACCAAGGCAACAACAUUUUCAUCUCGACCUUCUCCAGCAAGGCCAAGGCCGAUGACUGGAUGUGUCGCAAAUGGCGCUCGUAUGGCAAGGGAGCUCAGAUUCUGGAGAUCGAAACCAAAAACCUUGGCCAUGGAUACGUGUACCGCGCUGGCGCAGUCGCUCACGCUUUGAAGUUGAACGUCUCAUUUACAACUUAUGAUGACCUCUGCAGCGAGUACUUGAUCUUCCAUUUUGUUCCUGCUCGCGCUAUCGUCGCUCGCCUGGCUACGAUGAUUGUCCUGAGUCUGGGGCACUUGGACGGGUAUCACCUGCUCGGAUCCGUCAAGCCCUCGGACAGGAAGCAUCUGCUCGGAUGCGUCAACCCCUCGGACGGGCAGUAUCUACUCAGAUGCAACAAGCACUCGGACGGGCAGCAUGUGUUGGAACAUGACAGCGAUUUCCUCUUUGCCAUCACGGCUCCGGCAGACUCCCUCUCUUGGUAG